AUGUUUUUUUCCACUUCGUACUCUGCAUUGAUUGGCAUAGGUGUCGUAACUGCAAUUCUAUUUAUAGUGAUCUACUGUGUACGUUUAAAUCAUAUUCAUCGACAUAUUGCACCACUUCCCAUGCAAGUUGUUGUUUUAGCUCAACCUUAUCAUCAUCAACUGGAUUAUCCUCAAAUGUGUUGGUCAGUACCUAUGGAACAACCACCACCUCCUUAUAAUGCAGUUGUUACUCCGAUGAAUAUUAACCGUAAUAUUGCACAUUCUAGCAAUCUAUCAUAG